AUGGCUGUUCGCGAACCACUUCUAAAGAAGCGUAAGCUCGUAAACGAGCAGAAAGAAGAUCAUACAGACCGCGCCCCAGUUUCGAACCUCCUCAUCAAGCGGCUAUCUAACAGGGCAAGACUACCGACGCGCGGGUCGCCUCUCGCCGCGGGCUAUGACUUGUACAGUGCUGAGAACAAGCUCAUUCCGGCGCGUGGCAAGGCUCUCAUAGAUACCCAGCUUUCCAUUGCGGUCCCCGAUGGGACGUACGGACGCGUCGCGCCUCGCAGCGGGCUUGCAUCGAAAUUCAUGAUUGACUGUGGCGCCGGCGUCAUCGACGGAGACUACCGAGGUACAGUUUUUGUCCUUCUGUUCAAUUUGUCAGACGAGGACUUCCAAGUGGAGGAAGGUGAUCGCAUUGCACAACUCAUCCUUGAGCGCAUCGUGACGCCAGAGGUUCUUGAGGUCGAUGACCUGGACGAGACGGUGCGAGGAGCAGGAGGCUUUGGUUCCACUGGUGGACACGGCGCGUUGUAA